AUGGACUCCACGCUGAAAACCGCGCUUCCCAAGAUCAAUAUUCUGGGACCGGACGACGCGGGCUAUGACGAGGAACGCAUGCGGUGCUGGAACAAAGACGUGAUCCAUCGGCCGGCAGCAAUCGUGCAGCCGACCACGACCGAAGAGGUGAGCCAAGCUGUCAAGGUUGCAUCGAGCAAGAAGCUGGACUUGGUCAUCGCUUGCGGCCGGCACGGCCAUGAUUGCAUGAAGGAAGGCGCGAUGGUGCUGGACCUGGGCAAGAUGACCGAAGUCACUGUCGACAAGAAGUCGAUGACCGUCACUGUGGGCGGCGGAGCCCGCCUCGGUGACAUGGACAAGGCGUGGGUGCAGCGCGUGAAGGAGGAGAUGAAGGCGCUCGGCGGCGCGGAGUCGGCGCACCCGCUCGAGGGCAACAUGGACGCCGACCAGGGCGGGCUGGUGCAGCAGGUGUGGUCGUCGAACGAGCUGCGCCUGCGCGAGAUCAAGGCGAAGUACGACCCCGACAACUUCUUCAAGUGCAACCGCAACAUCAAGCCGACCGCCGCGGCCUACCCGGUGCACAGCUGA